CAGCCAAUAGAAUUGCAGAAUUGGCAUUGACGACACAUUUGGGGCUUUUUAUGCGCGAACUGGCCAUGCUCGAGCAGAAAAUUCGCGGCUAAAGUCUGGCUGCUGAGGAGGAGUUGGUUUCACUGUUUGUGAAGGUACAUUGACUCUGUCCACUGCUGAAAUGGCCUCUUCCUGCGGAGAUAUUCUGGUUAAGGAGAUUGACAAACGUGCGUCUGGCCAGGCGUUCGAGGUGAUCCUAGGAGCUCCAGCUCCAGACGCCAAGGGAGAGUUCCCCCUUUCUCCCCCCAAGAAGAAGGACCUGUCCCUGGAGGAGAUCCAGAGGAAACUAGAGGCUGCAGAAGAGAGGAGGAAGUCCCAUGAAGCGGAGGUUCUGAAACACCUCGCUGAGAAGCGGGAGCAUGAGAAGGAGGUGCAAAGGAAAGCCAUGGAGGAGAACAACAACUUCAGCAAGAUAGCGGAGGAGAAGCUUAACCAGAAGAUGGAGGCUAACAAAGAAAACAAGGAGGCCCUUCAGGCAGCCAUGAGUGAGAAGUUCAAGGAGAAGGACAAGAAACUGGAAGAGGUGCGUGCUAAGAAGGAAACCAAAGAGGGCGGUGCCGAGACAUCAGAAAACUGAAUAGUUCAGUCUAUGGGGGAAUUGUAUACUAUAGGGUUUUUUACGUAUCCAAAGAUUGAUUUAUAUUUAGUUGAUGGCCAGUAUUUUUGUUCACUGCCACCCACUUUAUGAAGGAAAUUAAGUUCUCCCCGUUUGUGAAUUUAGCUUCUCUGCUAUAAGUGUACUUGCUAUAGUUUUACAUGUGGAUAUUGGUCUCCUUCUUGCUUCUAUUCCACAGCUGUUUAAAUGUUACUAGCCUUCAAAUCCUCAAUUCCUUUCAAAUGGCACUGGAGGAUAGGAUCCAAGGUAAUAUCCUUAUACCACCAAUGAAGCUUUGAGAGAUUAAUGAAAAGCGGAAGCAAGGAUUUGACCUCUAGUAACUAUUUCAUACACAGCCCUUUUCUUUGGAUAUGUAGCUUUUGUCAUUACAGCUUCUGACCUAAUGAAAAAUAACAGUGUAUGUAGUUGUCCUUUAAGGAAGCAUGUGCUGUGCAUAGGCCCUCAACAUGAUCUCUCUAUUCCAUAGUGCCGCUUUGGAACAGUGUCCCAGUGUAUCUCACACCUGACUGUUCAUAGCACCUAUUGAUCACUGUUUGUUAACAUAUUGAUUGGUUUCACCUUUUUCACAGCAUCAGGUGUCGUAUUGCAGCUUUUGCUGUUCAGAGAUCUGCUGUCUUGUUCUUUAAAGAGCUAGGGCUGAUAUGGCAUCCUGAUCCUAUUACACUACCCAAAAGUAGUGCACUAUAUGGAAUAUGGUGCCAUUUCAGACACCCUAAAUCUAAUCUUUGUGCCACUGCAGAUUUUAUGCAUUUGUAAAGUGGAGUUUUGUCUCAAAGCACAUGACUUAGUGCUGUUGUAGGGCAAUGAAGUAACUUUGCCAGACUUUUGAAUCAUCUAGGAUGUUACUGGAAGUGGGUCUACACAUGGAAUGCAAAAGAGGAACACACUUUGGAUUCUUAAUAGAUGUUACUAGUUGACUUAACUGUUGUACUAAAAUAAAAUUGUUAAACGCCA